AAUAUAGUAUUCAAUCUUUAUCGAACUCAUUUUUAUUUUUAUUUUUUUUCACUUGCUCUCGUUACAUGUAUUACAUAUUAUUGUACUACAACGAAGCAGUGUCCGCGCCCGUUAUUAAAAUUCUGUCGCUAUCGACAGCGAUUAAGUGCGCCUUUUUACAGUUUACACGCCCCACUGCGUAAUAAUAAUAAUAUAUAAUCGACAUCAUCGAUAAUAUUUUAUUAUUAUUACACAAAUGAAACAAUAUAAUAUCCUUAUAGUUUAAUUAUAUCUUUUUUAAAUUUUUAUGCAUCGGAAUAAGCAUUUAUAGAAACAAUAGGAACGGUAAAAGGUAUUAUGUCGUUACGUGAUAUUUACAAAUAAAAAAAAAACGUAUUGGUUUCGUUCGUAGUGACGCUUAUACGUACGUACGCUUGUAAUAAAACUGGCUCGCGUUAUUAGUGCCGUGGGAUUUUGGCGGACACCGAUUCGGAUUAUGAUAUUUUUCGGUCUGUACUACAUCGUGAAAAGAGCAAUAUACUUGUCGUCGAAGAAAAUAUUCAACGGCAGCGAUCACAAGCGUAAAAAGUCAAAGCGCAAAAACAAACGGAACAUGAAAGAUUCUAUAUUAGGUUUAUCUUCUACCACAUAUUGCAGCGUUCUUCAAAAAUCAGCAAUGGUCGAGGUGUUUGCUGCCAAUCAAGGCGACUGCAAUUCCAAUAAUCUGGAAGUGCUGGAUGCCACCUUAAGCUCGUAUAGGAGCAAUGCAUCAUCUCAAGACAAUGCGGAUUUCUUUCAAGAUUAUUCAGAUUACCAAUGGUACCGUGAUUCAGACAAUUUUAAUCAUCACACAAGUAUUCUAUCGUCUAUAUCAGAAAACUAUAAUAUUCCAUGUUAUGAAGAAGUUUCCAGAGAUUUGGAUGUUAACUUGGCUCAAGUAGAUAUGGAACAUCUUAAGACAGAAGACAUACAUAAUAUACUCAGCACAUUGCCAUCUAUGUGUGGUCAAGAUUUACAAAAUGUAUCAACUGAAUCAUUUUGUAAAAAUAAACAGCUAUUCUCUCCUGUAAAAGAACAAUCGCCAAAUCCAUUCAUAACAUUUAGCACGGAUUCAUUAGAUUGUAGUGAUGAUAUGUUAAUUACCUGCAAGGCUAAUAACAAACAUAACUAUACAAUUGCUUUUGAAGAACCAACUAUGGGGGUUUCGGAAGAAUUUCAAAAUAGUGAAGCUAUGAGUACAGGAGAGAGUCGAAAUACUGGUUCAGGUGAAGCAUGGUCAAGUGAUGGAAGUGUUCCAGUGAGUGUCCCAAUGAUAUCUUCAGAUACUACUUUUACCACAUGGAACAAAUUAAAAAAGUGUACCACUUCUGCAACCACCAAUUGUACUCAACAACUUAAAGAGCAUACAAGUUUAUCAUCAAGUGUGAAUGAAAAGACUCAAAGUUUACCAGAUCUAAUGCCAUUAAGGCUGUUAUGGUUAAAGCAGAAAAAAAGUCAUUAUGACUAUCUAGUCAAAUCUACUCAGUCUGAAGGAGGAAAUGAAGGUAGAGCUAAGCUGUACGAUGUAUCUGGUAUUAAAGAUCAAACAGAUAGUGCUAAAUUCAGCCUUGUAAAAAUGUUUAUUAGUCAAAAGAAAAACCGUCAGUCAGAUGGUAGCUUAGUAAUAAGUGAUAAUGAAGCUACUGCUGAGGUAACCGAACCCAGUAAGAAUGAUUUGGAAGAUAGUCUAAUGUGUGAGAAUGAAAAAACUGAAAACAUUAAGCGUGUCAGUAAUAAUAAUGGGUCCAACAAUUCAUCUAUCAUACCUAGCAAGCAUUUAUGGAAAGGCUCUAGCUUAAAUAAGAGUAUGCAAACUUCAUCAUUAGAUGGAAUAAGCAGCCCAAAACCAGAUAUCAAGUGUAAGAACAGUCCCGUAUAUGUGAUGUUUCCAAGUUAUACAUUACCAGAUCUCUCAUUCCUGCAAAAUCCUAAAGCUGCUUUGGAUAUUAACAACGUAUUUCUUGUACCUCAAAAAUUUUCACCCAUGCCGUCUCCUGAAGUUGAAUGUAAAAAACUUAACACUACGCCUGUACAUGAACCAUCUUCAGCUGAAAAUUCAUUUGAUUUAAAAUCAAUCUGUGCUAAAGGAUUUGAUCAUGUUAGUGAUUGGGAUUCACUAGCUUUGCUGUUACCUCGGAAUGUGUCUAUAGCUUUAUCCAAGACUCCUGAACUUAAGGACCGUUUUAAGCACAUUAAUUUUGAUAUUAAAGAACCAUCAUUUUGUCAAAUUGCAUUUAAACCCCUGGAUAAAAAAGAUGACAUGUUCGUUUAUCAAUAUGAUGAUUUGAGUCAACAUCAAAAACCACCAGUAGGUCGAGUUAAUUCAAAGAUUCCCAUUAAAAAUGAACAGAAAAGACCUUUAAAUGAAGUACCAAAAAGAUAUAGUAUGUAUGAUAUGAAGUCAGAAACAUUUCAAGAACAACAAAAUAAGAGGCGUUCUCUUCCAUCACAGCUAACCAUAAUCCCUAACAUCACUCCUAUUGCUGGUUCUGAUGUUGGCACUUCUGAAGAUGAAGGAGUUGAAUGUUCAGGAAGUAACUGCGACAGUCCUAAUCCAUGUAUUGAUGAAGCUAAACGAUUAGACUCAUUGUUGCGACAAAAUAAACAAACUCGUGUUAAUUUAAAAGCACAAGUCAAUAAAUAUUUACACCGUGCCAGUGGUCAUCAUACUCCACCAAAUUCACCAAAUCAAAUAACUAAUCAGGCAAAGAAAGGAGCCGAUAGCAUAGAACGAUUUGAAGGAUGUGAAAUAAAUAAAUUGACGGAUUCUAUAACACACAAAAAAGAUCUGGUAAGAAAUUGCUGCUUUGGUGCUGAAAAAAUUACAUUUUGUCUCGACAAUGACUAUACAGAAGACUUGCAUGCAAUCGUCCUGGAUGUUCUUUGUCCAGCUCUAUAUGCACUGUUCAGUGAAAACCUUAAAUCUGUUUUAGAAACAUCUUUUGGUUCUGUUAAUAACUCUGUAUGGCAAGUGAUUGAAGCUUCUUCUCAACAAGGUGUUCUCUCUUCUGCGCUUAACGAACUGACGGCAAAGGUCAACAAUGAACUGGCACUCAACGAGGGUGUAAUGAAGUUCAAUGCAUUUAUUUUCGGCCUGUUAAAUGUUGGUGGCUUGGACGCUUGGCUGAGCUAUAUGAGAACCCGCGAAUCGGUAUGGCAAAAAUACUAUAACCGGAACGCGCUAUUCGUCCGCGCCAAUUUUGGGUGCACCUUGCACAGGGAUCUCGUGGAUCGUUUGAUCGCUUCUGCUAGACCCUUGGCUAAGUACAGACCAGAUUUCGAUCCGCUGUACGAAUGUCGCAAGCUCCACGAAAGCUUAUCCAACAUAAAUAACCGAACGUCGUGGUUACUGAAGAAAACAGCUCGGACGUUGGAAAACGAAUCCUCCAGGCCCAGGUCGUACGUUGAUUCGGCCGCCAAGACGACGGUAGACGUGGCGGGCACGGCCAGCAAACGCUGGAGCGGCGUGCACAUGGGCUCCAAGCUGGCCACGGCCUUCGAACGGCUGGACAAUAUUGACGAGAGGAUCCAACCGGAAGUUGCCGAGACUUGCCACAAUAGCAGCGACACCACCAAGGAGACGCCUAUUAUUAAAGGGCAACGGUUCAGGCGGCUUCAGAUGAAGUGGGAGCUGCUCAGCACCAAGGACCUGACGUUGGACACACCCGAUUUUGAUGGACCUAGGGGCGAGUCGACGAACGCUAGGAGAGCCGCCGUUAAGUCGCGCAUACCACGGCUAGUUCUGUCGCCUGUCCAACAACCAGGCCCCGAUGCGUUCGGCAACAAGCGUCCGAUGACCGCCACUUACAGAGCCGAUUCGCCGACUUCGCCCUCUGGCAGUGCCAACAACAAAAUCGAACACACUUCCAACAGGACCAGAAAACCGCCGCCAGCGUCCACCCCGAAGGCGACGCGACCCAGCAGCCUCACGCAAAGGACCACGCCCUGCAGGGUGGAGCCCAUUCGUUACGUGCGGACCCUUUCGCACCGGCUGUCGGCAGACAACGGACACUUGUCGUUCAACGAGGGCGAGAAGUUGCAGCUCGUCCUGGACGUGGACGACAAGUGGAUACUCUGCUGUCGGGGGGCCCGCAAAGGUCUCGUGCCUAGGUCCUCCGUGCUGAUGGUGUCCAAGUGAGAGACCCACCGGUGGGUGUCGCGUAUGGUGGCCGCCCGGCACAUUCCGCAAUGAUAUUGAUAAUAAUAAUCUACUUUGAUUAUUUGAGCGUUUAAUUUAUCGUCUAUAUUAAUUAUAAUAUAUGUUUCUAUUUCGUUUUUAAUAUGGUCUCAUUUUCCUUGUAUUUUGUGUUUAUUUCCGUGUAUAGAGUACUACUACUACGAUAAUAUUAUGUUAAUUAUUUUUUGUCUAUGAUUUGCAAACUAUUACAUUAAUAUUGACCGACGGUUCGUGAUGAUGGGAUAGUGUUGUGACACGUCGCGUGUACAUCGUUUUUCAAGGCGUCCAAGUGCAAUCGCCUUCGAUUUGUCGCUUUGUUUUUUUCGUUGUUUUCUUAUGUUUUCUUUUUUAUUCUUAACAAUUUACACCAGUUUUUUUUCUUUUUACGCAAUGAAAUUCGCACUUUGCAGUGAAUAAAACAAUUAUCUGCAGUUGUACUCGGAGGGGCGUGUCGUUAGGUGCUUUUUAUAUUUUGUUGUCGUGUGUUCAUAUGCACUGUGAAAAAGUAAUUUUUAUGUUUUUAUAAAUCACGCAAAUAUUUGUUAUUCAAACAGCCGCCCUUCUUGUAAUUUAAACUACGUUUCUUAUACAUACCUAAUAAGUAAUAGGUGUGUAUAUAAUAAUAUAUAUUCUAGUUACAAGAGUCGAUGCUUUAUUUAUAUACCUAAUGCUUAUGAGAUAACUACUUUUUGUAAUUAAAAAAAAGUAAAAGUAUUACACUAAUGCUUAGAUUAUAGAACAUAUCUUUUAUUUUUUACAACAUUUUUCUACUAUCGUUUUGUUUUGAUUUAUAAAUUCUAGUUGCCGUUGAGACCUUAUUUGUUCGGCUCCUUUGCAAUGGCUUUGAACAAAAAGGGUCUCGAUGUGUGUCUCCAAUGAUCCGCGUCCGAUCUCUGUUGGACGUUGUGUGUCGUUCUAUCCACUGUGCUCUUGUAUACCCCAAACCAUAUGUUUGAAAAUAAUUUAGUCCUUUGCCUAAGCCAAAAAAUAGCUUUGACUAAUACUAUGUUGCUUUAUAUAAGUAUAAGGUUUAUAUUAUUAUUAUAUUAUGUUGUAAAUUAUCAUUUUUUUUUUUUUUGUUUUGUUUCUUUCAUAUUUCAGUUUUAUAGACUUUAAUCAUAGGUCCUUUAAAAUUUUAUUUUUGUUAUUUUUUGUUUAAUUAAACAAAUAAGACUGCUUUAAA